CGCGCACGGAGACAAGACAAACGCACACGGCCCGCGCUGCAGCGUUGCCUCCCACAACCACGGUGCCACCGACGAUCGACGGCGACGCCUCCAUGGCUUCCUCUGCAUCCCGCCUCUGCCUUCUCGCCAUCGCGAUCCCCAUCCUCCUCGCCGUCGCCCCACCCCGCGUGGAUGCGUGGGGCGGCCGCUUCUUCUUCAGCAAGAUGACGCGCCCCGGGGCCGACAAGGCGGCGGGCACCGCCACCGUGGCGACGGAGGCGGUCGACGCCAACAGCGCGCCAGCGGCAUCCUCGCGGCCGUCCAGCAACCGCGGCUACGGCCUCUACGGCCGCCCGGAGGAGAACGAGAAGUACCCGCCGGCCUACUUCCGCCGCGGCGUGCACCGCGACGCCGAGAAGCUGACGACCACCAACGCCGUGCCGGCGACGGAGCCGCGGCACGAGGAGGAGGCGGAGGCCGUCCCGGCGCAGGAAGAGCAAUCCUCGGGCGAGGAGGAGCCGGCGUUCCCCGCGGACGGCAGCGGCAGGGGGCGGCCGCUGUCGUACAUGCGCCACGGCGGCAAGCACGAGCGCGACUACUACGGGAUGAGCGACACGAGGCUGUACCAGAACGGCCGGUACUACUACGACGUGGAGACCGACAAGUACGGCUACGGCUACGAGUCCAACCCGGUGCGGACGGCGCGCCCCGAGCCCGAGGACAACGGCUCCGGGUACGGCCGCCCCGGCCGCGAGCGGAGGCACGGCGACGCCGCCGGAUACGAGAACGACGACCGGGUGGCGGAGAAGCAGAGCAACGACGGCGGCGUCCAGGAAAACCAGAACGAGCGGUACAAUCCAUGAGCAAGACGUAUACGUACGAGGGGUUUGUUUCUGCUUGCGAUCAUCAGAUUUCAGAUACGCUAUAUAUGUGGUAAGAGUAUAAUGCUCCUUGCUUUUGCUUGUGUGCUGCAAGCUAGCACGACGUCGUUGCUAGUUACUACUUCUACUGAUACUAAAUGUUGUGUGCAAACGGUGAUGAAAUGUAUUGCUACGUACGGAUGAAUAAUCUGUGUGAGUAAUGGAAUGUCUACUUGUUAUUAACAAGUGAUUCUCUA